GGGGACAAAAAUAAUGGAUUUGACGUUUUAUAUCAUAAUAUGAAACAUGGACAAGUUACUAGCAAAGAACUCAUGGAUUGCAUACGAGAAAGAGCAAAUAUUGAAGAAAUUUAUGCCAAGAAUUUAUAUAAAUUGGCAAAAACUGUUAGUAAUUACAGUUUGUUAGGGACAUUUGCACCAUACUGGCAAAUCAUAAAAAGUUCCACGGAGAAACUUGCAAGUCUUCAUCAACAGAUUGUACAAAAAUUACAAGAAAUUGCCAAAGAUUUACAGAAGUAUGUUGAUGAGGCACACAAAAAACACAAAACGGCUAAAGAGAAUUACAACAAUCGAUGUUUUGAAUACGAAAGGUUGAAAAAAGAAAAUGCUCCUCAAAAAGACAUUGAGAAAGCCGAGACAAAGUAUAAAAAAUCUAGUAAGUACAUGCAUGCAGUACUGUAA